AUCUUUAAUUUUCUAUAUUUUCUCACUUUGUCUAUCCAGGCAGAAAAGAAAAUGACUCAAGCUGACUUAAUGAGAAGAGAGGAAGAGAUAAUAAAACAGAGGGAAAAGCAAGACAGAGGAUUUCAGGAACAGCAUCCUAUUGCAGAAAAGAAAAUGACUCAAGAUGAUUUAAUGAGAAGAGAGGAAGAGAUAAUAAAACAGAGGGAAAAACAAGACAGAGAAUUUCAGGAACAGCAUCCUAUUGCAGAAAAGAAAAUGACUCAAGAUGAUUUAAUGAGAAGAGAGGAAGAGAUAAUAAAACAGAGGGAAAAUCAAGACAGAGAGUUUCAGGAACAGCAUCCUAUUGCAGAAAAGAAAAUGACUCAAGAUGACUUAAUGAGAAGAGAGGAAGAGAUAAUAAAACAGAGGGAAAAGCAAGACAGAGAAUUUCUGGAACAGCAACGUAUUGCAGAAAAGAAAAUGACUCAAGAUGACUUAAUGAGAAGAGAGGAAGAGAUAAUAAAACAGAGGGAAAAACAACACAGAGAAUUUCAGGAACAGCAUCCUAUUGCAGAAAAGAAAAUGAACUCAAGAUGAUUUAAUGAGAAGAGAGGAAGAGAUAAUAAAACAGAGGGAAAAGCAAGACAGAGAAUUUCUGGAACAGCAACGUAUUGGCAGCAGGAAAAAGACCCAAGAGGAGUUAAUAGCCGAAGAAGAAGAGAUUCUGAGAGAGAGAGAAAGGCGGUGGAAAAAGUUUGACAUGUGAAAUGCAAAAAGAGAA